AUGCUGGCAAAGUCAAGAAAUCCGUGCAGAAACUGUGUCAAGCAAAAGACGAGAUGCGAUCGUGUACGACCAGUUUGCAAAACUUGCGCCGAGAAAAGGGUCUCUUGCAAGUAUGAUUUGGCACUGCAAUGGGGCGGCAGACCUUUUAAGAACAUGUCUAAACAUUUGAAAUUGCCAAAGGGAUGCAUUAUGGAGGAUGGUGUACUUACAGUGGAAAAGAAAAAGAAAAGGGCACAUAAGUGCAAAGCUGAACUGGAAAAGAGCGCACAUGUAAACUAUUUGAGUUCAGAGGUUGAAUCAUCACCCAAUACACCAUUCAUGAGUAUGAUAGUUAAACAAAAGAUUCUUUUGCACUCCGUUGAGUGUAUGUUUAAAUUGCCGCCUGGAAGACUACCUGCAAUGGACUUUGUUUUAGGAUCUUCGCAGUACAAAAAUUUAUUGGAUUUUUUUAUUAAUAGAACAUCUCGGGUGCUGGUAUCAGUUGAUGAUGGUAAUCGCGAGCUCAAUCCCUUUAGAGACACGGUGCUACAGAUGGCAAUACAUUCUUUAACCUUGAUGAAAAUAAUAAUUGCCUUCGCAGCGGAGCAUAGGCAUCAGCUCAUGGCAAGGAAAGUUGGCAUUGGUUCUUCUUCAGUUGAGAAGAAUCUCAGGUCCAACAGUAAAGACAAGGUUUCGCAGCAACUUUUAAACGAGGCAAUUCAAGGGCUUGUAACUAAACUAGAACGGCGAGAUGAAAAAUACAGUGAGCAAACUCUAGCUAGUGUGCUAAUGCUAGCAGCUUACGGCAUUUUUUUUGGCGAUCGACGUGCCAAGUGGAGUAGUCAUCUUACUGGCGCUCGGAUCAUUUUGAGAAAAAUGCUGGGACCGAGCCGUAGUGGUACAAUCGUGGUAAGGUAUACAGGAGCUCAGGAACCGCAGUAUUUUCUUUAUCGAUGGUUCACUUACAUUUCUGUAAUGGGAUUAUUGUCUUGUGCGACCUCAGCAUAUAGUGAAGAAAUUGCUGUUGAUUUCAGCUCUUUUAACAGAAGCAGAAGCAGUCUUGCUCGAAUUGGUGAAUUUGAUAGUAUAGAGUACAACCUUGGUAUGGAAGCCGAAGUACUGGAAAUGUUGAAUAAGGUUGGUUCCAUAGUAAUGAAAUCAGAAAAGCAGGGUAGCAAAUUGCCCUUUGGGAAACUAGUGGCAGAUGCUGUUGAACUUGACUAUAAGAUUACAAGGUACUUAGAUCGGCGUGAAAUGGAGCAAAACAUUUUUUCAGACAGGGCUUCUUCUUCGGACCAAUUCUUGCGAGCCACUAACAUUUUGUUUUGCCUAUCGGGGAUAUUACAUCUGAGAAGACGCGUGAUGGGUAUGCCUCCUAAUAGUUCUCUUGUACGCGAGGUGGUCCUACAAGCUGCAAGUAUUCUAGAGAAAAAAAUACCAGCGAAUUCCACAACGUUGUGCAGUAUUACCUCUUGCCUGUUCACAUGUGGAUGCGAAUGCGUGGAACCAGAUUUGGUGCAUUUACAACCUUUGUUCUUAAGCCGCCUAGAGCAAGUGAUUGAGCUUGGAAUGUCAAGUACUUUACAAGCAAAAAAUAUCAUGGAAGAGUGCUGGAGAACAGGCAAUGAUUGGUGGAUAAUAUGUAAGCAAUGGGGAACCGAUUUAUCAUUCGGACUGUAA